AUGACCGUGCCGUCGCAGAAUGCCUCCCGGCGGACCGGCAGCGGUGGCGACCGGGCACGCUCUCCCACCGACGAAGACCCAUUCAGCAGGGAUAAAAAUCCGAAGCGGAGAAAGACAGAGUCCGACGUCAGCCUGCCCAACUGGGAGAACCUGCAAGGCCGAAUAUGUGCCCGCUUUGGCCUGGUGGCGGGCGAGAGCAUCAGGGAGACACUCGUUCACAUGUGUGAUGAGCUGGACAAGAAUGGCAUCGGCAGAGACGAGACAGACAUACUGGCGGCGAUGCAGUUUCUCAGCCAGACAAUAUGCGUGCUCCAUCAGACGUGUGCUCUUUCCGACCCGGAGGACAACGACUCGGCGUUUAUGUGCGAGUAUUGCAGCUCUGUGCACCUGGAGGGCAAGAUACAAAGCCCCAAUAGUGGAGAGGAUGCGAAGUGUGCAUACGAACUUUUUGAGAGAGUGGUCACGACGCUCGUUGCUCCGGGAGCAGGACCGCUUACGGUCCGGGCAUUGAUACUCCUCCGUCGCAUCGUCCUCCACAGCACCACCAUCAAUGUGCUCGACUACGACCGCUCGCAUCUAUGUAAAUGGUGCUCUUCGCAGCUCUACAGCCCUGACAAUGCCGUGCGCGUCCAGGCCGCGAAAUCGCUCAGUGCAUACACGUGCAAUCGCGGCGAAGAGACGGAAAAGGCGGUAUUGAAGAAUAGGCAGCGGUUUCACCAUGGACUGAACCGCAUGUUCGAAUCUGGAAACUGUGCGGUGCAAGAGACAAGUGCGCUUGUCUGGACACAGCUGGGAAUGGUUGUCGCCGAGAACGAGCUCGAGCCAAUGCUCCAGGGCCUUCUUCUGCAUCUGGACAGCAGCCAUAAGCCAGUCCGCGAUGUAGCGAUAUCAGAGCUUCGCUAUCUUGCUUCGUGGUUUGGACGAACACCAAACGAGCUGUUCGAGCCAUACUGGCGAACCACAGCGUAUCAGAUCGUCAAACACAUAGCUGAGCGGCCGGCCGUGGCGACGGCAAUUGCCAAUUUGUUUGGCAUGACGGCCACGAGGCUGGCGUUGCGGCUGCAGUCUCACGCCAUCCCUGAUCUGUUGUUUCGGAAGAACCUGGCGCCCAUUAGCAAGAUUGCCGAACUGCGCGGAGACGGCGAUGAGCUGUGGCCGACGCUGAUCGACAAGGCAAACCUGACGUCGAUCCUGGCCUUUUGGGUGCAGCUCCCGUCCGACGUUGCGACGUUGGACGAUCUGAUGCUGCCGCUGCAGGACCUGUCUGCGCGGCUGGGGCCUGCUUCCAUCCGCGAAGUGAUGGGUGCCGCCGCCAUUCCGGUGCUCUCAGAGCUCUUUAUUCGGCUGACAUACAGCGUGGAACGGAUUCCAGACCGGUUUGAGACGAUCUCGGACGGCAUUGGCUUCGCGCCAAUCCUCACCAUUGCGCGGCUCUUGAAGAAGGACGCCGAGACACAGUCGGAUGAAGAAGUUGUGACGGGCUUCCUGUCGCAACAUGUGCUGGGCUUGACGACUAGGCUGUCGGACGUCCACGUAUACAACGGCAAGAAACAUCUGUGCCAUUGGAUCGACGGCAUAGAGGCUUUGGAGAUCCUGAUCAAGUAUCUACGGUCUGCAAUACGGACUGCACGUCCACAGGUGACCUCUUUUCUUCUCGAUGCGCUUUGCGACGACGGGGCGGAGUAUGCGGCCUGCUGGCGAACCGGGGUGCGCCGUGUAGCGAUCUCGUGCUGGGCGACGCUGGUGCAGCAUGUGGGCGACGAGAACGUGCUGAUGCUGAUGGAGACGACGUUUGCGGUGAUCCGGAAGAACUGGGAGCAGUUUGGCGAGUCGGAAAAGGCGACGUGCAAAAGCCUGCUGGCAUGGUUGCUGGAAAAGCCGGACGGACGGAAUCACCGCGACUGUCUGCUGGACAAGAUCGACCUGCUGCCGCGGCUGAAGAUCCCGGAGCUGCAGAACGGCGUGGGCGGACGGCUAGACCGGCUUCACCAUACGCUCGGUGUGAUGCAGACGAUCGACCUGUUUGCGCAACGGAUCCGACACGAGAACCUGGACGUGAUCUGGGUGGCGCUGGAGGAGGCGCGCGAGUUCCUCGAGGGCAACCAGGAUGCACUGCAGGCACCGGCACAGGGCGAGAAGUCAGACUCGGCGGUGGCCGGGCUUGUGCGGGCGCUUCUAGAGUGCUCAGCCAAGUACAGCGCGUCAGAGCCGGCACUGGCGGCGAACUGCCUGACGUGCAUCGGACUCGUGGGUUGUCUGGACGCCAACCGGCUGGGAGCAGCUGGCAAGGACGCGCCAUUUGUGGUGAUCUGGAACUUCCGGGUGGCGGAGGAGUUUAUCGACUUUGUGAUGUACAUGUUGCAGCACGUGCUCACGCGGGCGUUUCUGUCGGCGACCAACUCGACGAGCCAGGGACUGAUCGCGCAUGCGGUGCAGACACUACUGUCGCGCAGCGGGAUCAGCGCAGCGGUGCAGAGCCGCGGGGCACAGAUGCCAGAGGCAUACGACAAGUGGCGGGCGCUGCCAGAGCUGGUGCAGGUGGUGCUGUCGCCGCUGUUGGUGUCCAAGUACCACAUUGCGCCGCCGGGGCCGAUGCAGACGCGGUAUCCGAUCUUCCGGGGUGGACGGACGUACGGCGACUGGCUGCGGCUGCUGGUGACGGACUUGCUGGCGAAGCCACAAAACGCAGCUGGCAAGAUUCUUUACGAAUCGCUCUCGCGGGCGGCCAAGGGGCUGGACCUGGCGGUGGCAGAGUUCCUGCUGCCGUACCUGGUAGUGUACGUGGUGACGGGAUCAGACAGCACGGAGCAGGAGCGGGAGCAGAUCGCAGCGGAGCUGAAGCACAUCUCGGAAUACCAGCCGGCAGAUGCGGCGCCAUCGGCGGAGCGCGAGCAGGCUAAGCUGUUCUACGACGCAGUGUUCCGGGUGAUUGAGUACGCGAUGGUGUGGCUGCGCAGCUGCCUGCAUUACGAGAAGCCACAGGGCGUGGGGCAACUGGAACGAUUCCUGGAGGCGUUUCCGGCAGAAGUGCUGUCGCAGCGGGCGAUGUACUGCCGCGACUACGCGCGAGCGAUGUUCUUCCUGGAGCCGGUCGCAAUGGCAGCGGUAGCGGAGACAGACACGGAUGGAAGCGGGCGGCGAGAGCGGGCGGAGGCAGACCUGAUCGACAUAUACGCGCAGAUCGACGACCCCGACUGUUUGAGCGGGAUCAUGAGCAAAGCUGGCAGUCUGAUGGAAAUGAACACACAUCGCAAAGCGCUGCUGGAGCAAAAGGCCGGACGGUGGGAAUCGGCGACGACGUGGUAUCUGUCAGACCUCAGCGCGGAGCCGGACAACAUGGAGAUCCAGGCACGAGUGCUGACGUGCUUCCUCGAGGCGGGCCACCACGACGCGCUGCUGGCACGGGUGGACGGGAUGGGACUGGCAGAAGCGGUUCCGGCGACGGUCAACAAGGUGCUGCCGCUGGCGCUGGAAGCAGCAUGGGCGACGUUUCAGUGGCCGCGGCUGUCGGCGCUGGCGGCACUGCACAAGGGCGAGGUGGCGGACGUGUUCAACGUGGGCAUCGCGCGGGCGUUGUGUCACCUACGACAGCAGCAGACGGAUGAGUUUGGUCGGGUGCUGGACCGCAUGGUCGACGGAGUGGCAGCAGCGGUGUCGUACUCGACAACGUCGUCGUUGCAGGCGUGUCACGAGACGAUGCUCAAGGCCCAUGUGGUGACGGAUCUGCGGAUGAUCGGGGCAGCGGCAGGCGGGACAGCAGAGACGGCACGCAAAGCUCUGGCGACGGUGGUGCAGCGGCUAGAUCUGCUGGAAGACGUCAGCAACAAGCGAUAUGUUUUGGGACUGCAACGAGCAGCGAUGGAGGCGAUGCGGCCGACAUACAGCGACCGGGCGAUUUCGUCGCUCUGGCUGCUGAGCGCGCGACUGGCACGCAAGACAGGAUCGAAUGGCGAGUGUCUCAAGGCGAUUGCGCAUGCGCGCCAGCUCAACGACCCGGCAGCCGAAGUGGAAAAUGCGCGGCGACAGUGGGCAUGGGGAGGACGACACCAGGCGAUUGCGGAUCUGCGCACGGCCAUCGGACGGGGCUUGCUGGCGGGCGACGACGAAGGCACAGACAAGGACACCAAGGACAACAGGUGGUCGGCACAGGAUGGAGCACCGUUGGCAGCUCGGGCUGGGCUGCUGAUGACGCGAUGGCUGGAUGCCAGCGGCGAGACAUCGCGAUCGGCAUUGCGAGACGAAUAUCGCGAGCUGGCCAGCCGGUACGGCGAGUGGGAGAAGAGUCACUACUUCCUGGGCCGGCACUACAAAAAGGUGCUCGAGUCGGAACAGACGCUGAAGCCGGACGAACAGAGCGAUCUCUUCCUGACGGGCGACAUGGCGCGGAUGGAAAUCGAGCACUACCUGCGGGCAGCCAAGUACGGGACCAAAUACCUGCACACGACAUUGCCGCGGAUCCUGACGGCCUGGCUGGCCCUGGGAUCACAGGUGGACCGGGCACCCGACGGCAAGGCGGCCGUGUCGGACGAACUGCGACGACGACGCAACGAGGUGUUGACCAGCCUGCACAAACGACUGCUGCGUCACGUGCAGCGACUGCCGGCGUUUAUUUUCUACACAGCGCUACCGCAGCUAGUAGCCCGAAUCAACCACCCCAACAAAGAGGCGUGUCACGUGCUGGACCAAUUUAUCGUCAAGGUCGUCCUGGCCUAUCCGCAACAGGCGCUCUGGAGCGUGUUCGGCGUGCUGACGGCACGAGCUGGCCGCGGUCAGAACCAGACGAAGCGGGCGGCUGAGCGGCUGCUCAAGGCCCUAUGUGCGGCGCCAGGACAGCCGGCCGCGGCAUCGGGAGCCCGGCUGCCCUCGCUGCAGUCCAUGUUGCGCCGAGGAGUCGGGCUGGCUGACGAGCUGGUGCAGGUCGGCCGCAAGGGCAGCUACCGAGCCAACAGCACGGCCAAGGCCGUCAGUCUGAAGCGAGACAUGAACUUUGGCCAGGCCAACCACUCCUUUCCCUUUGUCGUGCCGAUUGCACGAUGUCUGACGGCAGUACUGCCAGGAAGGGCAGCGGGAGGAGGAAGAGGUGGUAUGGGAACAGGGCUAGGCCCGGGUAUAGCAGACAGCAUGACCAGCACCAGCAGCACCGGAACCAACUUCUCGACACACAAUGCGUUCGCGGCCGACGUGAUCACGAUCCAGUCGUUCCAGGACGAGGUGCUGAUUCUCGGAUCGCUGGCCCAACCACGAAAAUUGACGAUGCGCGGCUCUGACGGCCGGCUCUACGACGUGCUGCUCAAGCCCAAAGACGACAUGCGGACGGACCAGCGGAUCAUGGAGGUCAACGCGCUCAUCAACCAGGCCCUGCGCAAGGACACCGAGGCCAUGCGCCGGCAGCUGUCGAUCCGCACGUAUGCCGUCACGCCGCUCAACGAGGACUGUGGCAUCAUCGAGUGGGUGUUGGGACUCAAGACGUUGCGCGAGAUUGUUCGGCCGUACUACGAUCUGCGUCGCGGCCAGGUGCAACCCCGGCCACCCGAUCCGCUCGAGAUUGUCCGGCUGCUCAACGAGGCCGAGACGGCCAGCCGGCGUGCUCGCGUCUUCACAACCCAGAUCCUGCCGGCCUUCCCGCCCGUUCUGCACGAGUGGUUUAUGCGGCGGUUUCCCUAUCCGGCCGCCUGGUUUGCUGCCCGGCUGCGCUUCACGCGCUCGGCUGCCGUCAUGUCCAUGGUUGGGGCCGUGCUCGGACUCGGCGACCGUCACUGCGAGAACGUGCUGGUCGAAGAGGGCACCGGUGCCGUCAUGCACGUCGACUUCAACUGCCUGUUCGAAAAGGGCCGUCUCUUCACCCAGCCCGAGACCGUGCCCUUCCGGCUGACCCAGAACAUGCGCGCCGUCAUGGGCAUCUGCGACCAUCGCGGCCCGUUUCGUCGCUCGUGCGAGCUGACCCUACGCCUCUUGCGCGAACAGGAGGAGACUCUGCUGGCCGUGCUCGAGGCCUUUAUCCACGAUCCCACCCUUGACCUGCAGGUCGACCCGCGUCACCACCAGCAGCAGGGCAAGACCGCUGCUGCUGCUGGCCGUCCCAAGCCUGCUCCGGUCGUCCGGCUCGACCCGCCCAGCGUGGUGAAGAAUAUCAAGCGCCGCAUGAACGGCCUGCUGUUGGAAGAGACCAUUCCGCUGGGCGUCGAGGGCCAGGCCUGGGAGCUGAUCAAGCAGGCCACCGACCCGCAGAACCUGUCGGCCAUGUACAUUGGCUGGUCGCCGCACUGGUGA